UGUUUACAUGUGUCCAGACCUUCAGGUGUUGUUGCAGUUGAGUGUCACAUAUGCAAGCUGAUGCAAGAGCGGAAAUGUUUUGGUUUGUUUUCUAAUCUAUGAAUUCUCUAACUGACAGUGUUUCAAAUAAGAUAACAACAUCUAUGUUUUCUGGCUUGCAGUAAAUCCUGAUGUACUCAGGCAAACAACACUGGUGAGAUAAUAAAACCAUAAAAUUCUGAUGGUAACGGCAACUAUGUAAGCAAUUGAAGGACUAUAUUGUUAUGGACCCAGGACAAAUUGAAGGCAUGGUUAUUGGAAUUUGGUUCUGGAGAAACGCAUAACAUUUUUUUAAAAUUUACUGAUACUGUAAGCUGCUAUCGCUACAGUUGAACCUGAAGACAGAGAGAUGGUGACUACUCAUGUUGCUUGGAAUGAACUCAGCCUUUUGCUUUGGUUCAGUGGAUUUUCCCAUUCAUUUACAAUCCCACGUAUUACCAUUAUCAGUAAUCUCAUGUUGAAGAAACAAACAGCUCAGCAGGCCAUUUCAUACUUUUACAUGCAUUAGUUAUGACAAAUCAACUCUAUUUUUAUAACUACUGAAAUUCCUGGUUUAAGCAUAAGCACAUGCUGGCAUGUCUUUAUUCUAUUUUAAAGCCUAAGCACAUGUAGACAUGUCCUUUGUUCUUAACUUGCAUCCAUUUAACAUUUAGAUUCCGACUCCAUUCCUGGGACACUGCUUUUGCCCAAAAACUCAUUCUUGUACCCUGACAGAACUUACAAGGUCAUCUUUACAGAUGUUACUUGAUACCAUUAUUUUUAUUUAUCUGAAGCCAAUUCUCAUAAGUCAUAACACAUGAUCAUAGGCCUUCUAUGCAUUGUGCAGUCUCCCAAACUUCUGUUCCAUAUAUUGGAUGUUUCACGUCAUUGCAGAAAGUCUGAACUUAGAAUAAAUAUGACUGUUUGGUAUAUGCAUUGUUUGCUGGUAGAGACAAAAUGAUUGUUGCAAGCAAGAAUCCAUACCUUCCCCUUUGCCUUUACACUUUCCCUUUACCAUUUAUGUGGUGUAAGGUAGCAAGGCAAGCAUUUCAUCUUUUUUGUUCCUUUAAAUACCUGGUAGUGAGACCUGUUGUCAUCAUCCCUGAUUUCAUUUCACAGCUUGAGCAAGAGAUCAAGCAAAUCAAAAGGAAGCAUGGCAGCGGGCUUGCAAGUGUUUGGCCAGCCAGCAUCUACUGAUGUUGCCAGGGUUCUGACUUGCCUUUUUGAGAAGAAAUUGGAAUUUGAGCUUGUCCGCAUUGAUACAUUUAAGACACAUCACAAGCUUCCUGAAUUCAUUAGGCUGCGGGAUCCGAAUGGGCAGGUGACCUUCAAGCAUGGUGACAAAACUCUCGUUGAUUCAAGAGAUAUAUGCCGAUACGUCUGUAACCAGUUUCCAAAUGAUGGAAACAAGACCCUUUAUGGAUCUGGGGCUCUAGAACGGGCAUCAAUAGAACAGUGGCUUCAGGCAGAAGCUCAGAACUUUGGCCCUCCCAGCUCUGCACUAGUCUUUCAGCUGGCAUUCGUUCCUCAUCUCAGCCAUCUAGGUGUUCGUCAGGACCAUGCUGUUAUUGCUGAAAAUGAGGAUAAGCUGAAGCAGAUCCUCGAUGUUUAUGAUGAAAUACUCUCGAAGAAUGAAUACCUGGCUGGCGAUGAAUUCACCUUGGCCGACGUUUCUCACCUUCCAAACUCGCAUUAUAUCGUAAAUACUGAGAGAGGAAGGAAGCUCUUCACUAACAAGAAGAAUGUGGCAAAGUGGUAUGACAAAAUCUCGAAGCGUGAGACAUGGGCGCAGGUCGUCAAGAUGCAGAAGGAGCAGCCAGGUGCAUUCGAGUGAUGGCUUAAUUUGGCGAGCAGUGAAGGUAUCUUGAAUGGCUUCAUUAUUUGUGUCAGUCUGGCUUCUACAGUGCAGUGUUCCCAUCAGUGUUUUCGUGUCAACCAAAAUAAUGUGAAGCCCUAUUGUGAUGUAUGAAUCUUUUGUUUUGAAACACGUUUACCUCCAUGUGUCGACUGAUCUCUGAUUAAUAAAAUUGCCCGUUUGGCCUACA